AAUAAGAAGAAGCAGCCUGCAAAGAUUGUUCAUGUGCUCUAAAACUGCCAGAGUCUAUGAGAUGGCAUUCUUUAGAGGGUAGCCAAGAUGGAUUGAUGAGGCAUCCUAGGGAUUCUCAGGCUUGGAAAACUUUUGACUUACUUCAUCCUGAAUUUGCUGCAGAUCCUCGAAAUGUACGGCUAGGCCUAGCCAGUGACGGUUUCAAUCCUUUUGGAGCAAUGGCAACUAACUAUAGUAUCUGGCCAGUGGUACUUAUUCCAUACAACCGUCCUCCUUGGGAGUGCAUGAAACAAACUUCAUUCGUCCUCUCAAUGAUCAUUCCAGGGAAACAAUUGCCGGGUAAUGACAUAGAUGUGUAUGUACAACCUCUCAUCCAAGAGUUGAGGGAAUUGUGGUACGAUGGAGUGCAGACAUUAGAUUCUUCAAAGAAUGAAAUAUUUAAAAUGCGAGGAGCAUUGAUGUGGACAAUUAGUGAUUUUCCUGGGCUUGGUACAUUAUCUGGAUGGAAUACAUACACUCACUUUGCUUGCCCCACGUGUAACUUUGAUACAGACUCUUGCAGAUUGAAGCAUAGUAGAAAAUGGUGUUUUAUGGGUCAUCGUCGCUUUCUUGAAAGAGGUCAUCGGUUUAGAUUGCAACGUGUUCGUUUUAACGGAAAAAUCGAGCAACGGGAGCCACCAAUUGCAUUAUCAGGGUCAGACAUCUUGAAGCAAGUGGAGGGCAUUAAUGUCAAUUUUGGGAAAGCACCUGUUUUGAAUGAUAAAGGUAAAAGAGCUCGAAGACAAACCGUUAAUGAAGAUAGAUCAAGACAGUGGAGAAAGAGAAGCAUAUUUUUUGAUCUUCCUUACUGGGAAACGAACUUGUUACGUCAUAAUCUAGACCUUAUGCACAUUGAAAAGAAUGUGUGUGAGAAUGUGAUAUACACUUUACUCAAUGAUUCUGAAAAAUCAAAAGACAAUAUUAAAGCUAGGAAGGAUCUUAGAGAAAUGGGUAUAAGGAAGGAACUUUGGGCAGAUGAGAACGGAAGCUAUCGUCCAUCUUUGUUUACUAUUUUAAAUACAAAGAAAGGUGGAUUCAAGAAAGAUAUAUUUUUGCGGACCUUAAAGAAUGUCAAAAUGCCUGAUGGAUAUGCGAGCAACAUUUCGAGAUGUAUCGACUUGAAACAACGGAAGCUCUUUAAUAUGAAGAGUCAUGAUUUUCACAUUCUCAUGCUGCACUUAUUACCAAUUGCCAUACGGAAUAUUUUACCCGACAAAGUGACUGCAGUGCUAAUAGAGUUGAGUUCGUUCUUCCGACAACUCUGUGCCAAAAGCUUAAGUCCAAUAGACCUUGAUAGGCUUCAAUCUCGACAUUUUCUCACUAUGAAUCACUUGGAAAUGCUAUUCCCUCCAACAUUCUUUACCAUCAUGGUUCAUUUAACUUGUCAUCUAGCUAGUGAAAUAAAACUUGGGGGACCGAAACAGUGUCGAUGGAUGUAUCCUGUGGAGAGGUAUUUGGGACAUUUUAAGUCCUAUGUGAGGAACAUGUCACAACCAGAAGGUUCUAUAGCCGAAGGAUACCUGGCUGAAGAGGCUCUCACUUUCUGUUCUCAGUAUUUUGAAGGGAUUGAGACAAGAAUUAAUAGGCCUCAUCGUUGAUGAUUAUCCGGAGGAUAGAGGCUCGACAAAUUCAUCUAGCAUUUUUCCACCGGUUGGUAAAGGAAUAGCAACAGAAACAUAUGAGUUGUCACUUAUAGUGAAACGUCAAGCACAUCGAUAUAUGUGGUACUAAAUUGUCCACAAGUCAUGCCGUUCAUUGAUGAAUUUAAAGAUCAUGUACGAAGGCGCUGGAAGGGUUGAAAUCCUAGUAGUACGGAGAUUGAGAAGAUAGUUAAUAAAGACUUCAUUGAUUGGUUUCCCGGAAAGAUUGUGAACCCAGACAUUUCGAAUACUGUAUCAGAUGACCUAAAGUUUUUAGCAAAUGGUCCAGCACAACAUGCUAGAAGGUUUACAUCAUUUAAUAUCAACGGGUUCAAAUUUCGAACUUUAGAGCAAGAGAAUGGAUUGACAACUCAAAACAAUGGUGUAUUUUUGACUUCGUCCACAUCUUGUCUUGCUAGUGGUGCUGAUAGAAACCUGAGGCAAGCAGAUUUGCCAUAUUAUGGAAAAUUAGAAGACAUCAUUGAACUUAACUACUAUGGUCGAUUUCGGGUUACACUAUUCAAGUGUAAAUGGGCUGACACAACUAAGGAUAGGGGGUUUAGAACAGAUGCAUGGGGAUUUUCUUCUGUUAAUUUUUCACGAUUGAUUCAUACUGGCGAUCGUGAAGAGCAUGAUCCAUACAUUGAAGCUUCACAAGCUCAAAUGGUAUAUUAUGUGGAUGAUGAGGUGAAUAAAGGUUGGAGUACUGUUGUUCACUUGAAACCAAGAGACUUAUAUGAUAUGGGAGGAGAAGGAGAUAAUGAAUUUCCUGAGAAUGAGCCAUUCCCGGUGCAAGACUUAGAUCAACACUUUGGGGAUGUUAAUGAUCUGCUUUUGUGUAGGGAGGAUGAAACUGAUGAAAUAUUAAGUGAUCACGAUAUUAAAAAUGAGAUUGGAGAAGAUGAAUAGUACUGAAGAGUCGUUGCUAGCCCUUUUCACAUUUUAGAACGAAGCAUCUUAAUUUAUUUUCGUUUCAAAUUAGUUCAGAUUAUAGCUAUGUCCUUUUUUGUUCUUGACUUGCUUUAUGUUGUUGCAUCUAGUUACUUUCUUUCAUUAAUUAAGCUUAAGUUAUUUAUUUUUGUCUUGAAUUUUAAACUAUUUUUGUAUCAAGGUUUUCUUGUUUUGCUUUAUAUACCUUUAUGUAUGUAGAGAUGCCGAAGCAAAAUAGGGUUAAAAAUCAAUUCAAAUCAGUCAAAGAGAGAUCUUCACUUGUUCCGAGGCAGCCAUCACAGGCUCAAGCUUCAUCUUCAACAUCUUAUCGAGUCUCUUUACAUUCUACACUGCCUACACAACCUACACAGCAUGUUAUUUCAGUUGAUGGAGUCUCUUCGCAACACGGUGUUCCAUCAUCAUCUGAUGGAGUCUCUUCGCAGCAUGUUGUAUCAUCUUCAUCAUCUGAUGGAGUAUCUUCUCAGCCCGUCAUUCCAUCUUCAUCAUCUGGUGCAGUCUCUUCACGACAAACUGGACGUAGUACUAGCAAUGAAGAGCCUCAUUGGUUUGUCGAUGUUAUAGAUGAACGUCAAGUAAUAAAAACAAUUAGAUUGAAGGUUAAGGAUGUCCAUAACUUGGAUAAAGGAUUGCGUAUAAUUGUAGAAUUUGAUGAAUAUCAUGCAGCAAUUGGGAAAUCAGCUGGCCUAAUUGCUGGAGUUUUAGGGCAGCUAGCAACAAAUCCUAUGUACUUUCCUAUUGGCUUUGAGAAAUGGCAAUCCAUGCCCAAAUCUUAUCUGGACCGUGUUUUUAAUGAUAUAAUAGUGCCUCGAUCUUUUUUUUACGAUUGAUCAACAAAAGGCAAAGGCAUGGCUUAACAGUUCCAUUAACAAAAAGUGGAGGGAGUACAGGCUAAAACUAUGGAAGGAGGCUGACGAUCCAUUAUUAAGUACAGAAGAUAUCAUCAAGAACGUUCCGGAUGGCAUACCGAUGGACCAAUGGGCACUAUAUGUUACUUAUCGCAUGAAAGAGGAAACAAAGGUAUAUGUUACUUUAGCGGCCUAAUGGGCAUAGCAGCACAGAUGAAUUCGGGACUAGGUGAGUUUGCAGUAUGCGAGGCGGCCCGCAGCUAGUGAAGUCCCCUCUAGUAAUUUGUAUUUUUCCUUUCUGUCCCAUUUGUAUUCAGGACGGAGGUUGUAUUGUAUUUUAAUGUCCUUAUCAGUAAAUGCUCAAUGCACUUGUGACACCUGGGUUCUGGGAUGGUUUUCGAAAGAUUUGUACUAAUUAUUUGUUAUUU